AUAGAAAUUUCUCUUGGCAAUGAUUUGUGCUCGUGAGUCGUGAUCUCCGCACAUGUGUAGUAUCUACAUAUAGUGUGCGUGAAGCGUUGAGAGCAUAUCAGUGGUAUUCCGAUAUUGGUGCUUUGUUCGAAUGUAUACAAUACCGUAUACCGGCAAGGAAUCAAAAUCGCUACAUCAAUAACAACUGAGAGAUUUGUAUAUAAGUAUAUACUUAUAAUAUUAGACACCUCUAGCAUUCAUUGUCCUUCUUCCGGCCCACGUGCUGCUGCAACAAGUAAAAAUUUUUCCUAGAAUUUCAUUGUCUCGUCGGAUAAACUCUUGGCAGAAUAGGAUUUAAUCGAUUGUAUAUUUGGCAACAGAAACAAUAAAUUAUAAACAAAUGCAAGAAUCGCAAAGUUCUAAAUCAUCUAGUACAGAAAAGUUUUUGAAUCAAAUUAAAUCAGAUAUUUUGAUAAAGAAAAAUCAAAAACAAGAAAGCAAAGAACUUCAUAAAAAAAGAGUACAAUGUUUACGAAAGGAACUAGACUAUUUAAAAGCAACUGAAUGGAUGUAUCAGCCUAUGAAACAGUGCAGACAUUAAGCUAUUGCUUUGAAAUUUUCUUACGUACCAUUAAAUCUGAUUUAUAAAAUCUCAAGGCAAAAUGUUUUCUGUAUUAAAGUACGUUUCCAAUAAAAUUUUUGGAGAUACCAUUAAUAAUAAUGAUGAUAAUAGAAAUGAAGAACCGGAAGAAGAAAGUAUUGAAAGUCUCUUAGCUCAAAUUGAAGACAUCAAACAAACAUCUGAGCAAAAUGAGACACCUCAGUUGAGUUUUAAUAACAGUGAAGAAAAGGGGUGUUUCCACAAAACUGGAGUGGUAACUCUUGUAACAGAUAAUUAUGUUCUCAUUGAAAACGACUACAUGUGUGAAAUGAAAUAUGUAGUUCCACAAGAUCUUAAAAAAGGUGAUAAAGUAUAUUACAUGGCAUACAGGGCUAAUGAAAAUGGAGAUUUAAAAAUUCGAAAAAUUGAAUAUAAAUUUGAUGCAGUUUGGGAACAAGAUGAAAUUGAACCUCUCAAAUACUCCGAACCUAUGCCAAACAUUGAACUAGAACUAGACAAACCUGUGGAAAGUUUCGAUAUUGACCCACCUAAACCACAUAUAGAAAAUCAGCCUGUAGCAAAAAGCUCAAGGAUUAACAAGUACUGCGUGUUAACAGGUGGUAGCAGUGAUAAAAUCGUGAAAAAAAGAGAUAUCAAUAAAAGGACUUAUACUGACAAAGUUGUCAGGCGUAAUGGUAGAGAGGUUUUUUUUGAGAACUAUACUGAUAUUAGUGUUAAUCUGGACAAUAUAAGCUCUGAAUUCGUACCAAUGAUUGGAGAUUGGGUAAAGAUAGAAUGCUUAGUUGAAGUCAACGAAGAAAUUCCCAAUUUUCAAGGAGAAAUAUUACAAGUGGAAUCAAUCUUACCUAACAGAUCUUUCAAUAAAUUAGGAAAAAUCACCCAUUAUGAUAAUCAAACAGAAGUUGGAAGGAUUGAAGAGACCAUAAUAUUUACCAAAGCCGUUUGCUCAGAUGGCUAUAUACCUUGUGUAGGAGAUAAAGUGGUAGCACAAAGUAUUGAAAGUGAUCAAGGGCUGCAGCAGAGAUGGCGAGCUAUGAAAGUAGUACCUCUAGAAGAUGUAUCCAAUAGAUUUGAAACAGAGACUGUAAAAUUCAAACCUCAAUUACCAGAUGAUGAAAAAGAAGAAUUGCUUAAGGAUAAAGAAAACAUUGAAAUCACCAACAAUUUAAGCUUGACUUUAAAUGCCAAAGAGGAAGAAGAAAUCGAUAUAGUAAUAAAAAAUAAUGGAAAUGUCAGGCAAACACUGUUCAAAUGUGCAUUCUUAUCCAGAAGAUCAAAUUCUCAGUUGCAACUUGUUUCUCCCAAAGAGAAUGAGCAGCAAUUCGUAGUACCUGGCAGUGCACUGACUUACAAGUUUAAAUGCAGAGCAAAAAUUGUUGGAGUAUCCGAAGAAAUGGUUAUUUUUAAAUUUAGGAAAUUUAAAAUUGCUCGAAUUGUUCAAAUAACUGUCAACAGUAUUAAUCCCAAAAAAGACUCAAAUGAGGGUUCUACAAACACCUACAAUCGCCAUUGCAAUCAGUAUUCCAUAAUCCCGCGAGUUUAUGAAGAAGGAAUGUACAUUAGAGGGGUUAAGCCGUAUAAAGUUGCUAAGUUCAUUCCCGUUCGUCCUGUUACUUGGAAAAUUCCCGACGUACUUUGGACCGUUAUAAACAAGAUAAAAGUAGAGCAAAAAACUCAUUCUGAAGCUGUCUUUGCUCUAGUGGAGGCUGUACCUUGCUUGCACGAACCUUUAAGUAUACGCAACUACAAGAAACGUUUUGAUUACUUGUUGUAUCUAGAGGAAAUUGAACAAACCAUCAAUAUGCAAAAGUUUGACAUGAAAAGUGCCACACUGCACAGGAGCGGAGAAUACUUGACGUUAAAUGUACCGGGUCUUGCUGAAAAUCGGCCGUCUCUUAUUCUCGGAGAUAGAGUUAUUGUAUCGUUUCUUUGGGAUGCAACUGGUGGUGAAAAGAAGUAUGAAGGCUACAUUCACAAGAUUCGAAGCUCCGACGUUUUUUUGCAAUUCCACCAGAGUUUUCACGAAAGCUAUCACGGAGAAGACUGCCAAAUAAGCUUCAAGGGAUCAACCACCGUCAUCCAACGUUGUCAUACAGCUAUAUCAACAGUAGUCAACAGACUUGGGCAAGAUUUUCUGUUUCCUAAAAAAGUCAAGCAACAAGAACCGCAAUAUAAUUUCGUUGAAGAAGAGGCUUCAGAUUGCGACAACAAAAACGAUGGCGAUCAGUUGACAACCGAUCCACCAAUGUUGGAUGAUUUGACUUCACACGAAGAAAAAGUAAAAAUUCUUGAAGCCCUGCUAUCGCGUAGAAAAUUGAAAUGGUUUAACAAGAGACUAAACAAGUAUCAGAAAGAAGCCGUAAAAAACGUUUUGAAAGGGUUGGCACGGCCAUUGCCUUACGUUAUUUUUGGACCACCUGGAACGGGAAAGACCAUUACUGUGUGUGAAGCUAUUUUGCAGAUUUUAUUCACAAUGUCGGAAUCUAGAAUUCUCAUUGCGACGCCUUCAAACAGUUCAGCUAAUCUUAUUGCAGAGAGACUGUUGGACAGUAAUCUCUUGAAACCAGGUGAUCUGAUUCGGCUCGUGGCUCAUCAUUACCUGGAAAGCGAAUCUAUUCCAGAAAAGUUGAUUCCCUACUGCGUAACAGCAGAUAUUGCAAGUGAGGGUAGCAGAGGAGAUGUGAAUCACAUCGAUCCACGUGGCUGCAAAACUAACGUGACGCUGAGCGUAUUGUGUCAACAUCGUAUGAUAAUAGGAACUUGCUCAGCUUUGGGAAUUCUUUACAACAUGGGAUGUAAGUCAGAUCAUUUUACGCACGUCAUCGUCGACGAAGCCGGUCAAGCUUGCGAGCCAGAAAUUAUGAUCCCGUUGAGCUUGGCGCAUUCGGGUACUACACAGGUCAUUCUGGCUGGUGAUCCAAAACAACUGGGACCGGUCAAUCAGAGUCGAUUAGCUGGGUAUUACGGAUUGAAUGACAGUUUCCUCGUAAGAUUGCUUCAGCAGUUUCCUUAUCAGCGAGAUCCCGAAGGUUUUGAAUUCGGUUAUGACCCUCGGCUCGUUACCAAGUUGCUGAUAAAUUAUCGUAGUUUGCCAGAUUUGCUUGACUUGCCAAAUAAACUUUUCUACGAGGCGGAAUUGAUACCUCAGGUCGAUCCAGAAAAUAGCGAUGAAGCCAAGUUGUUGGAAAGCUUGGCGGAUAUGUUGCCCAAAAGACUCGGAACUCCGCCAGCGAUUAUUUUCCACAACGUCGACGGUACAAAUGUACAAGAACCAGACAGCCCCAGUUGGCACAAUCCAGAAGAAGCAACGCAAAUUUACAUAUAUCUUCUGGAACUCUACAACCGUGGCUUAGAGCCGGACGAUAUUGGAAUUAUCACGCCAUAUUCCAAACAGGUUUAUAAUGUAAGAAAUCUUCUGGCGGCGUUCGAAAUGGACAUACCAAAAGUUGGUAGUGUUGAAGAAUUUCAAGGACAAGAGAGAAAAGUAAUUAUUCUUUCAACCGUCAGAACCGCGCCAGAUAAGGUCAGGGAAGAUAUAACGCAUGCACUUGGGUUUGUCUCCGCCCGGGAGAGACUAAACGUAGCAAUUACUAGAGCUCGAUCUUUACUUAUUAUCAUUGGCAAUGCUAAACUUUUAUACCAAGACGUUUACUGGCGAAGCGUUUUAGACCAUUGUCUCAAUAAGAAUUCUUGCGUCAACCUAACUUUAGAAAAACAAAAGACCAAAUAAUUAUUUUUUUUUUAGUUUAAGACAUUUUUCAAGACAAAGAAACUUGUUUACUGUAUAAGAUUUAUUAAAACGUUGUUUUAUUAGAGCAUUAUAAUGUAUUAAUCAUGCGCACUACUGGCUAUGUAAAAAGUGCAUUUAUAAAGAUACUUUUCUAUUUUUUUACGCUUCUAGCUACAAGAAGUAACUGUAUUUACUGACGAUGCAGGCUGCUUGUAAAAACUGAAAAUCGUGGUUCCUAUAAAGUCUGAGGUUUACUUGGAUAAUCUCAUAGAUCCUAAAAUAAAUAUAUUUUGACAUAUAGGUAUACCAAAAAAGAAAAAGUGCGCUGGCGACUUUUUGACUGCGAUAUUUUGUAUACGCUUAAAUAAAAAAAAACACUUUAUAAGAA